AUGGACCCAAAUAGCAACGACAGUACCUUCGCGGCCGACGCUGAUGCUGACCAGCAAUUCCAAACGCAUGAGAACAACCGUAGGAGAGGGAUCGUGCGACCUCAUCGUGCUUCAGGAUCUGCGGACGAAAACGCGCCGCUGCUCAGCAACGAGGCGAGCAAUGGCAGGCAGAGCUUGUUGAAUGACACCUCGAGUGAAGCUGUGGAAUGGUUUGGGACCGCAGAGCUCCAGGGGCUGCCUUGGUGGAAUAGACCUUCUAUCUACUGGCUAUUGCCACCAUUUCUCUUAUUCACUUUAGCUUUUGGCGGCAUCGUGAUUCCAAAACUAAACCUCAUCUAUAAUCUUUUAUGCGAUGAUUACUAUGCCUCGAGGAGUCCCGAGAAUCAGGAUCCAAUUUCCAGCCCAAUGGAUCCUGGAAAUCGGUACGAUCGUUGCCAGAACCCGGAUGUUGCUUCACGCUCCUCGUUAUUCCUGCUCUAUGGGUCCCUCAUCUCUGGUAUUAUCGCGGCUUUUACCUCUCCAAAGAUUGGCGCCAUGUCCGAUCUUUAUGGCCGUAAGAAACUAAUGGUCUUCACGACCUGCGGCCUGUUGGUCAGUGAGCUUCUCACGAUCCUUGCAGCAAAGUAUCCACAAACUGUUGACGUCAAUUGGAUCUUGGUCGGCUACGCGAUCGAUGGCCUUUGCGGUACGUUUAUCGUCGGCAUGGCGCUGGCGCAUUCUUACGCCACCGAUUGCACGUCACCCCAAAAGCGGAAUGUAGCUUUUGGUUACUUCCACGCGUGCUUGUUUACUGGUAUCGCGGUCGGACCUGUCCUUGCAGGUUACAUUAUCAAACAACGGGAACCCAUAGUUGGGAAGACGGAAGCCGUAUUGAUCAUAUUCUAUCUGGCACUAGGGGCUCACACUCUUUUCAUAUUCUUUCUUUUCUUCGUGAUCCCUGAGUCUCUCACUGAAUCGCGGCAGCAGGCUGCCCGGGAGAGUCGCAAGAAAGAAUUGGAGCGAUUGGGACCGAGUUCUGAUAUUAUCAACCGCCUUCGGUCUAUCAACUUCCUUAGUCCCCUCAAGAUCCUCUAUCCCACAGGGCCCGGUUCUAGCCCUGCACUCCGUCGCAACCUCAUCUUGCUUGCCGCAACCGACACAAUCAUGUUUUCUAUCGCCAUGAGCUCAAUGGGUGUCAUCACCAUCUAUGUUCGCGCACAUUUCAACUGGCAGGAAUGGGAAACUAGCAAAUUUGUGAGUGUCGUGAAUGCAAGUCGGGUCUUGUCCCUCCUUGUCAUCUUACCCCUGAUCACUCGCAUCGUCCGCGGUCGGUCUGGAACAUCUGGUCAGAGCAAUUCAGGCUCAGAUACAUUCGAUCUUUCUAUCAUUCGCAUUGCCAUUCUGUUCGAUAUGUUAGGGUACCUCGGCUUUUCGCUUGUCACCAAGGCUGAUCUCUUUACUAUACCUGGUGUCAUUGCAUCAUUGGGAGGCAUGGGAAGUCCAACACUCGGUUCGGCAUUGACUAAACACAUCCCGCCAGAUCGUGUUGGGCAGUUGUUGGGCGCGACGGGACUCUUGCAUGCUAUGUCCCGUGUCGUAGGUCCCGCAAUCUUCAACGGUAUAUACAGCGCCACUACCAGGUCGUUCGAUAGAACAGUGUUCAUAUGCUUGACGGCGACUUUCGGCUUAGCAUUCUGUUGUAGUUGGUUUGUCAAGCCACAUGGUAUGUAUCCAGCACCGCAAACUUCCCCAUCGAAAUCUAAUCGUUCGCAUAGUCUAUCUCAACGAUCUAAAACCCGACGGCUCAACUAA